UGCUGAGCAUCCCAAGUUUGAGGGAUAUAGUUCGAUGUACUGUCUUAAAUUUGUAGCAGUCAUCAUGGUACUUUUCUGUGUGAAAGGGGAAAGUCUUUUUCAGUGUUGCAUAACUAGUUGAAGUGAUUUCCCUACCCUUCCCAUACCCUAAGUGAAAAUUCAGCUUUGUUCUGAUUAUCAGAAGUUGAAUUCUGUCUCCUAUAGAUUCUUUGAAGAAACCUCUGACGGUUUAGACUUGUUAAGUCAAGCUGUUCUUAGUAUCAAUGUUAAGCUGAGUGUCAAGCCUACUUAACUGGCUUUAAAAAAGCAUUACACAGGUGACUAUGGAAACUUUUCACAGCUUUCAGGUUUUCAGUCCCAAUCUAACACUGGUUACUUUGCAGAUUAAUGUGAAACUUUCAGAUUACCAAAGUCGCCCUUUUAUUAAGAGGCCCUUGUGUCUUAUAGACUUUUUUUUUUUUUGUAUUGGCCUGGGUGUCCUAAAAGUCAUCGGGGUGUCUUGCAAGCCUCCCCAGCGCAGCAGCAGCCACUUGCUCUUGUGCUAUCACAGUGCCUGUAGGUCCCUGAAUUUAUAAGUACCUACUUCAGCCAUUCUUCCCUAUUGGCAGACGGUUGUCCUGUGUUGGAGGUUCAGAAAAUACAUUCAUCCUUAAAGUGCUUAACCUGGUGGCAUACACAGAGUAGGUGAAAAAUAAAUGUUUACUUAUUUUUAAAAAAAAUUGUUAACUGAAUGAUGAAACUUCUUCAUUCAUUGGAAUUUGAUUUCGUAUAGCCUCCUAUACAGACUUCAAAAUAAUAGUAUUUCCAGAGCAGAAGUCAAAUUGUAAAUCGUAGCACCACAACCACAGAAAUAAUGGUCCCGUACUUGUUAUUCAUGAACUGUACGUGUUGCUAUCACAUCUCAUUUACAGAUUUUUGCAUUUAGGUAUGGCAGAUAAUAGAGCAGAGGUAAAUGUCAGCAUUUUUUCUAGUCUCAUAUUUUUACUUUAAGGGAAUGAAUCCUUUUAAAUUAAGGUAAUAAUUGUACUCUGGAAAUUCAUUUUUGGAGAAGAAGGUAAACUUAUAGUAAUGUAGCAAAAUCAUAAGGUUAAUUUUAGUUUCUAUAUAUGAACAUUUCAGGAUGCAAUUUAAUUCAUUACAAAGUUUCUUUAUUAAAAAUGCAAUAAGUCCGCAUACCUUUAAGUGAAUUUCAAUGAGAAAUUCAUUGGGGGACGCUUUUAUAGUUCUGCAGCUUUUAGUAGAUACCAGUUUAUCAGUGUGGAUGGGAGAUUGAUAACUAAUUGCAUUUUCAGGUUAAGCGGUGUGUACCCUGAGUGAAAGUGUAUCCUUCGUGUGUUCCAGGGAGCAAUAUGGGGACUGUUAAAAAGUAUUGCAUGAGAAAAGAGUUCCAUAGUCCAGUCGGUUUUUGGGAAACACAGGUUGAAUAUCCCUAAUCAGAAAUGUUCCAAUUCUCCUGCCUCAGCCUCCCGAGUAGCUGGGACUGCAGGCUCUCGCCACCACCACACCCACUUUUUUGUAGUUUUUAGUAGCGACGGGGUUUCACCAUGUCGACCAGGAUGGUCUCAAUUUCUUGCCCUCAUGAUCCGCCCGCCUCAGCCUCCCAACGUGCUGGGAUUACAUGUGUGAGCCACCUCGCCCUGCCUGCCAUCUGGUUUUGUAAUGUCACCAAGUGAAUACAAGACCUGUGCCAACAGGACCCAGCAUGAUGCAGUCCUCAUGGUAUUUCUUUUUCUCUUAUAGCAGGAGGAGCGUGCGGCCCAGUAUCACCAUCGUACGUAUUUUUCUUUUAAACAGUUACUGAGACGUAGUUGACAUGCAAACCAAUUCACCCAUUUAAAGUAGGUGAUUCAGUGUUUUUACUGUAUUGACAGGGUUGUGCAACCAUUGUUAGAAUCUAAUUUUAGAAGCUCUUGGUUCCCUCUCAGAAAACCCCCUUAGUGGUGACUCCUCUGUUUUCCCCAACGCCCCACACCCCUGGUUCUAGGCAGCCCUAAUCUACCUCCUGUUUCUAUAGUACACUGCCUUUCUGUAUGAACCGGUUCUUCAAAUGACGAUUUCACAUUGAUGAGGUUGCCCUAGCUAGGAAGCCAAGGCGCUUUCAUUCCUUUCUGCCCCUCUGCUUUUCCUUCCUUCCGCACCAAGGAGAAUGGUCCAGCAGCAGCUCGGUCCAUGCUUGUCAAACGCCCAGCUCCACACACUCCAGCCCGGUCCACAUUUCCCAAAGCUCCUUGUGAGAUUCCUCAGCAGCACCAAUGCGCUGACUGUCACUCUCUGUUCCCUUAGGUCCUGUUGAGAUACUACAGGACCUCAUAAUAGAAGACAUCGAAGAUUCUGAGAUGCCCCCUGAUGUGGAAAACGCUACAAGUGAAUAUCACCACACUCCUGUUGACAACCCAGAGGAGUGUACACUUGGCAGUGAGGAGGAGGAGGUGGCCUCUGAUACGGAGAAGCCUGCGGCCCUCUUUCACCGCCGUCCUGUUAAGAUCCUACAGGACCUCAUAAUAGAAGACAUCGAAGAUUCCGAGAUGCCCCCUGAUGUGGAGGAGCGUGCGGCCCAGUGUCACCAUCGUCCUGUUGAGAUCCUACAGGACCUCAUAAUAGAAGACAUCGAAGAUUCCGAGCUGCACCCUGAUGUGGAGGAGCGUGCGGCCCAGUAUCACCAUCGUCCUGUUGAGAUCCUACAGGACCUCAUAAUAGAAGACAUCGAAGAUUCCGAGAUGCCCCCUGAUGUGCAGGAGGAGCGUGCGGCCCAGUAUCACCAUCGUCCUGUUGAGAUCCUGCAGGACCUCAUAAUAGAAGACAUCGAAGAUUCCGAGCUGCACCCUGAUGUGUAUGCAAAUCCUGCGGUAGAAGCAACAAUGGGCUAUCAGUCAGUUUCCAACCAGAGACGACAACACUCUUCCAUGGCCCGGACACGUUUCAUCACAAUUGAGGCAUCCAUCACCAAGGCAAUCAGUAUGAUCAACACUGUCCGGGAAAGCAGUCCCAUGGCUGUGACAGAAGCCCUAGACCGUGUGCUGGAAAUUCUAAGAACCACUGAACUAUAUGCACGACAGCUUCGUGUUAAGGAUGAUGAUCCUCAUGCCAGUGACCUUGUUGAGGGCUUAAUGUCUGAUGGUUUACGAAGACCAUCAGGGAAUGAAUAUGUUCCUUCAACAAAAAACAUUCAAAUGGUUUCAGGGACUGUAACUCCCAUCUCCCUGGAUGAUGUCCCACCACGGAUAGCUCAGGCAGUGGCCAACGUGGAAUCCUGGGACUUUGACAUUUUUGAAUUGGAGGCUGCCACCCACAAUAGGCCUUUGAUAUAUCUGGGUCUCCACAUCUUCGUUCGAUUUGAAAUCUGUGAGUUCUUACGCUGCUCCGAGUCAACGCUAAGUUCGUGGUUAGGAAUUAUUGAAGCGAAUUAUCAUUCUUCCAAUCCCUACCACAAUUCUACGCAUGCUGCAGAUGUGCUUCAUGCCACUGCCUAUUUUCUCUCCAAGGAGAGGAUAACGGAAACUUUCGAUCAAUUUGAUAAGGUGGCUGCACUCAUUGCAGCCACGAUCCACGACAUAGAUCACCCUGGGAGAACCAACUCCUUUCUAUGUAAUUCUGGAAGUCAGUUGGCCAUUUUGUAUAAUGACACAUCUGUGCUAGAGAGCCACCAUGCAGCCUUGGCCUUCCAACUGACCCUAGGAGAUGAUAAAUACAACAUAUUUAAAAAUAUGGAUCGGAAUGACUAUCGGACACUGCGCCAGGGGAUUAUUGACAUGGUCCUAGCCACAGAAAUGACAAAUCACUCUGAGCAUGUCAGCGAAUUUGUCAACAGCAUCAACACACCCUUGGCAACACUAGAAGAAAAUGGGGACGCUGAUAACAGAGAGGAAAUCAUACACGAUUUUCUUAGGAUUCCAGUGAACCGGACUCUAAUUAAACGAAUGCUGAUUAAAUGUGCUGAUGUGUCCAAUCCCUGCCGACCCCUGCAGUACUGCAUCGAGUGGGCUGCACGCAUUUCAGAAGAAUAUUUUUCUCAGACUGAUGAGGAGAAGCAGAAGAACUUGGCUGUAACAUUACCGGUUUUUGAUAGAAAAACCUGCAGCAUCCCCAGUUGCCAAGUCUUUUUUAUUGAAUUUAUCAAACCCAUGUUUGAUGCUUGGAAUGCCUUUGUAGACCUGCCAAAUUUAAUUCGGCAUCUGGAGCACAACCUACAGUAUUGGAAUGGACUGAAGUAAAUGAAGCAGUGGGGCCUUUGACCAACCGAAUAGUGGGAGACACCACCCAGAGCCCAGAAGCUUCGUUCCUUCUCUCAUUUGAGGACAGCCAGCAUUCUUGGUCCUUCAGUAUCAGGCAGAACAUCCCCCUGAUCUGCAUAGCCUGUGAAAGCACACAGGGACAUCAAAACCUUCUCUGGCCACCAUCCGAUGCCAUUACUGUCAAGCAAGACUUGGCCACCAUAGCCUGGCCUGCUUCAUGAACUCUUCAGAAAGGCAUGUGAGAACCAUGGAUGGCAUCGCUUCUGUUAAAAAACAAGGUCUGGAGUGCCCCUGCAAAGGGUAUUGAUGGAUUUACUGCCAGUGACAGAGCAUGUCCAUUACAAUCUGUUUCUGUCAGUAUGUUCAGCACUUAGGAACGGCUAAUGGCAAUUGGAUCUUCAGCAGCUUUUUCACAUACAAGGUGCAGUCACUCACUUUGGAACACUACUGAGAGUGACUUCUCUUUUAAAAUUGAGUAGCAGGGGGAAAAAGAAAAUGGCGUGGUAGAAGCAACUCAGGAUUUCAGCUCUCAGUGAAGCCGCAGAGGGUGAGUCCAAGGCGCAUUUCCAGAUGGAUUUUUGUGGCCCACAGAACGGGGAAGUUCCCAGGUGUAGGAGAGACAUGGGACACCAGCACAGCUGUAUUGGUUGGCGUGGCCGUUUUGGCCGGCGCUGCAGUGCAGCGGCACUUCCCACAAUACGCACUGGUCUGGGUGCCCUGUUAAACCGGCAAUCAGAGAUUUGGUAGGGCAGAUUAGCAUAUCCACCUGAUUAAACGGGACUUGGACAGUGAGCCAGACCAGGAGAUUCCUAGGAAGCAACCUUUGAGCCGGCACAGUGGGUCGCUGCACGGGAGAUCACAGAGAUCCCAGUGCCCUACCAGCAGGCAACUGAAACACCUGGGAGAGAGUCAACCGUUCAACUUAAAAAAAAAAAAAAAAAAAAAACGGGGCUCAGAGGCAGGGAGCCAGGUGAUCAGGCUCGGCGGGUCCCACCCCCACAGAGACAAAGAAAAUGGCGACUCAAAAUGCUCAGGGUUGAGAGUUUCACUGCGGGCACAGCUGAACUGAGGACGGUGCAGCUUGGUGGGGGAGGGGUGUCUGCCAUUACCGAGGCAUUCCACCCCUACUGAGGUACACUCCCAUUGCUGAUGCAGCCUGCCGUUGCUGAGGCAACCCGCCAUAACAGAGAGACUCGGCCACAGGGUGGAGCCCACGGCAGCAGGGCAGAGCCCAUGAGAACAGGGCAGACCCCACGGCAGCAGGGCAGAGCCUUGCCAGGCAAAUAGUGACUAGACUGCCUCCUAGCUGGGCAGGACAGUGAAACGAAUACUCAUUAAAAAAAGCCCUAACUCCCCGAGACAGAGCAUCUGAGAAAAAAAGGGGGUUUAUGAGUUCUGCUGCAGCAGACUUAAACGCACCUGCCUAAUAGCCCUGAAUGAACAACGGAGCACACAGCUCAACACUUGAGCUCCUAUAAAGUACAGAUCAUCUCCUCAAGCAGCUCCCUGACCCCUGUAUAUCCAAAGAGUCACCUCAAAAAGGACUGAUCAGACUGACAUUAGGUGGGCAUCAUUCUGGGACAAAACAGAAGAAACUGGUAGCAUUUCUCACUGUUCCACAGCUGCUACAGAUAUACCCCAGACAAGCAGGGCCUGGAGUAGACCUCAGCAGUCAUACAGCAGAGGGGCUAGACUGGUAGAAGGAAAACUAAGUAAAAGGAAUACUUCAUCAUCGACAACCAGGGUGUCCACUCAGAGACCCAAUCAAACAAUCAGUGCAUGGAAAGAAACCAGCGCAAAAAGGAGGAAAACACCCGAAACCAAAACUCCUCACAUACUACAAAGGACCGAAACUCCUCACCAGCAAGGGAACAAAGCUGGACAGAGAAUGAGUCUGACAAAAUGAUGGAAUCAGACUUCAGAAGGUGGGUAAUGAGAAACUUCUGUGAGCUAAAAGAACAUGUUCUAAAUCAAUGCAAAGAAACUAAGAACUUUGAAAAAACAUUUGAAGAAAGAUUCUAGGAAACGAUAACAAGAAUGGACAACUUAGGAAUAUGAAUGAAUUGAAGGAGCUGAUAAACAACACGAGAACUUCAUGAAGCAUGCACAAGUUUCAAUAGCCGAAUUGACCAAGCAGAAGAAAGAAUAUCAGAAGUCGAAGAUCAACUCAAUGAAAUAAAAUGAGAAACCAAGAUUAGAGAAAAAAAGCGCAAAAAGGAAUGAACAAAGUCUCCAGGAAAUGUGGGACUAUGUGAAGAGACCUAAUCUAUGUCUGAUAGGUGUACCAGAAUGUGACGAAGAGAAUGAAUCCAAGCUGGAAAAUACUCUUCAGGAAAAUUUCCCCAACCUAGCAUGGCAAGCCAGUAUUCUAGUCCAGGAAAUACAGAGAACUACAAAGAUAUUCCACAAGAAGAGCAACCCCGAGGCACAUAAUCGUCAGAUUCACCAGGGUUGAAAUGAAGGAGAAAAUACUAAGUGCAGCCAGAGAGAAAGGUUGGGUCAUCCACAAAGGGAAGCCCAUCAAACUCACAGCAGAUCUCUCAGCAGAAACUCUACAAGCCAGAAGAGAGUGGGGGCCAAUAUUCAACAUCCUUAAAGAAAAGAACUUUCAACCCAGAAUUUCAUAUCCAGCCAAACUGAGCUUCAUAAAUGAAGGAAAAAUAAAAUCAUUUGCAAACAAGCAAGUACUCACCACCAGGCCCGCUUUACAAGAGCUCCUGAAAGAGGCACUACACAUAGAAAGGAACAACCAGUACCAGCCAUUCCAAAAACAUACCAAAUGCUAAAGAGCAUCAACAAAAUGAAGAAUCUGCUUCAACUAAUGAGCAAAACAGCCAGCUAGCAUCAAAAUGGCAAAAUCAAAUUCACACAUAACAACAUUAAUCCUAAAUGUAAAUGGGCUAAAUGCACUGAUCAAAAGACACAGACUGGCAAAUUGGAUAAAAAACCAAAACCCAUUGGUGUGCUGUAUCCAGGAAACCCAUCUCACAUGCAAGGAUACACAAAGGCUCAAAAUAAAGGGAUGGAUGAAGAUUUACCAAAAAAAUGGAGAGUAAAAAAAAGCAGGAGUUGCAAUUCUCAUCUCUGAUAAAAUAGACUUUAAAGCAACAAAGAUCAAAAGAGACAAAGAAAGUCAUUACAUAAUGGUAAAACGAUUGAUACAACAAGAAGAGCUACCAAUCCUAAAUAUAUAUGGACCCAAUACAGGAGGACCCAGAUAUAUAAGGCAAGUUCUUAAUGACUUACAAAGAGACUUAGACUCCCACACAAUAAUAGUGGGAGACUUUAACACUCCACUGUCAAUAUUAGACAGAUCAACCAGACAGAAAAUCAACAAGGAUAUCCAGGGCUUGAACUCAGACCUGGAACAAGCAAACUUGAUAGACAUUUACAGAACUCUCCACCCCAAAUCCACAGAAUAUACAUUCUUCUCAGCACCACAUCAUGCCUACUCUAAAAUUACCACAUUAUUGGAAGUAAAGUACUUCUCAGCAAAUGCAAAACAACUGGCAUAAUAACAAACAGUCUCUCAGACCAUAGUGCAAUCAAGUUAGAACUCAGAAUUCAGAAACUAACUCAGAAUCGCACAGCUUCAUGGAAACUGAACAACUGGCACUUGAAUGUUGACUGGAUAAACAAUGAAAUGAAGGCAGAAAUAAAGAAGUUCUUCGAAACCAAUGAGAACGAAGACACAACAUACCAGAAUCUCUGGGACACAUUUAAAGCAGUCUCCAGAGGAAAAUAUAUAGCAAUAAGUGCCCAUAUGAUAAGAGUGGAGAGAUCCAAAAUUGACACCCUAUCGUCAAAAUUGAAAGAGCUAGAGGAGCAAGAUCAAAAAAACUCAAAACCUAGCAGAAGACAAGAAAUAACUAAGAUCAGAGCAGAACUGAAGGAGAUAGAGACACGAAAAACCCUUCAAAAAAAAUCUGCAAAUCCAAGAGCUGGUUUUUUGAAAAGAUCCACAAAAUAGACCACUCGCCAGAUUGAUAAAAAAGCAAAGCGAGAACAACCAAAUAGAUGCAAUAAAAAACGAUAAAGGGGAAAUCACCACAGAUUCCACAGAAAUUCAAACUAUCAUCAGAGAAUAUUACAAACGACUCUAUGCACAUAAACUAGUAAACCUCGAAGAAAUGGAUACAUUCCUGGACACCUGUGUCCUCCAAAGCCUAAACCAGGAGGAAGCCGAAACUAUGAAUAGACCAAUAACAAGGUCUGAAGUUGAGGCAGCAAUUAAGAGCCUACCACACAAAAAAAGCUUAGGUCCAGAUGGGUUCACAGCCGAAUUCUACCAGACACACAAGGAGGAGCUGGUACCAUUCCUUCUGAAACUAUUCCAAAUAACCCAAAAAGAGGAAAUCCUUCCCAAAUCAUUUUAUGAGACCAACAUCAUCCUGAUACCAAAACCCAGAAGAGACUUAACAAGAAUAGAAAACUUCAGGCCACUAUCCAUGAUGAACGUAGAUGCAAAAAUCUUCAAUAAAAUACUGGCAAGCCGAUUGCAAUAGCACAUCAAAAGCUUACCCAUCUUGAUCAAGUAGGAUUCAUCCCGGGGAUGCAAGGCUGGUUCAACAUAUGCAAGUCUAAAAACGUAAUUCACCACAUAAACAGAACCAAAAACAAAAACAACAUGGUUAUUUCAAUUGACGCAGAGAAGGCCUUUGACAAAAUUCAACAGUCCUUUAUGCUAAAAAUCCACAAUAAACUCGGUAUUGAGGGAACGUAUCUCAAAGUAAUAAAAGCUAUUUAUGACAAACCAACAGCCAAUGCCAUACUGAAUGGGCAAAACCUGGAAGCAUUCCCUUUGAAAUCCGGCACUGGAAAAGGAUGCCCUCUUUCACCACUCCUAUUCAAUAUGGUACUGGAAGUUCUAGCCAGAGCAAUCAGGCCAAAAGUAGAAAUAAAGGGUAUUCAAAUAGGAAAGGUGGAAGCCAAAUUGUCUCUAUAUGCAGACGACAUGAUGGUAUACCUAGAAGACCCCAUCGCCUCAGCCCAAAAACUCCUGAAACUGAUAAGCAACUUCAGCAAAGUCUCAGGAUAUAAAAUCAGUGUGCAAAAAUCACAAGCAUUCCUCUACACCAAUAACAAACUUAAAGAGAGCCAAAUCAAGAACAAACUGCCAUUCACAAUUGCUACAAAGAAAAUAAAUACCUAGGAAUACAACUCACAAGGAAAGUAAGGGACCUCUUCAAGGAAAACUACAAACCACUGCUCAACGAAAUCAGAGAGGACACAAACAGAUGGAGAAACAUUCCAUGUUCAUGGUUAGGAAGAAUCAAUAUCGUGAAAAUGGCUAUACUGCCCAAAGUAAUUUACAGAAUCAACGCUAUCCCCAUCAAGCUAUCAUUGACUUUCUUCACAGAACUGGAAAAAACCACCAUGAACUUUAUAUGGAACCAAAAGAGAGCCCGCAUAGCCAAGUCAAUUCUAAGCAAAAAGAACACAGCAGGAGGCAUCACACUACCGGACUUCAAACUAUACUACAAGGCUACAGUAAUCAAAACAGCAUGGUACUGGUACCAAAACAGAGAUAGAGACCAAUGGAACAGAACAGAGGCAUCGGAGGCAACACAACAUACCUACUGCCAUACAAUCUUUGAUAAACCUGACAAAAACAGGCAAUGGGGGAAGGAUUCUCUUGUUAAUAAAUGGUGUUGUGAAAAAUGGCUAGCCAUGUGCAGAAAGCAGAAACUGGACCCCUUCCUGACACCUUACACUAAAAUUAACUCCAGGUGGAUUAAAGACUUAAACAUAAGACCUGGCCCCAUAAAAACCCUAGAAGAAAAUCUAGGAAAAACCAUUCAGGUUAUAGGAGUAGGCAAGGACUUCAUGACCAAAACACCAAAAGCAUUGGCAACAAAAGCCAAAAUAGACAAAUGGGACCUAAUCAAACUCCACAGCUUCUGCACGGCAAAAGAAACAGUCAAGAGAGUGAAUUGGCAACCAACAGAAUGGGAAAAAAAUUUUGCAGUUUACCCAUCUGACAAAGGGCUGCUAUUCAGAAUUUACAAAGAACUCAAACAGAUUUACAGGAAAAAAACAAGCCCAUUCAAAAAUGGGCAAAGGAUAUGAACAGUUUACAAAAGAUGACAUACAUGAGGUCAAGAAAAAUAUGAAAAAAUGCUCAUCAUCACUGAUCAUUAGAGAGAUGCAAAUCAAAACCACAUUGAGAUACCAUCUUACGCCAGUUAGAAUGGCGAUCAUUAAAAAAUCUUAAGACAACAGAUGCUGGAGAGGAUGUGGAGAAAUAGGAACACUUUUACACUGUUGGGAGUGUAAAUUAGUUCAACCAUUGUGGAAGACAGUGUGGCAGUUUCUCAAGGCCUUAGAAAUAGAAAUUCCAUUUGACCCAGCAAUCCCAUUACUGGGUAUAUAUCCAAAGAACCAUAAAUUGUUCUACUAUAAGGACACAUGCACACGAAUGUUCAUUGCAGCACUGUUUACAAUAGCAAAGACCUGGAACCAACCCAAAUGCCCAUCGAUGAUAGACUGGACUGGGAAAAUGUGGCACAUAUACACCAUGGAAUAUGCAGCAAUCAAAAACGAUGAGUUCGUGUCCUUUGUAGGGACAUGGAUGAAUCUGAGAACCUCAUUGUCAGCAAAGUGUCACAAGAACAGAAAAUGAAAUACCGCAUAUUCUCACUCAUAGGCGAGUGAUGAAAAAUGAGAAGACAUGGACACAGAGAGGGGAGUACUAAACACUGGGGUCUAUUGGGGGAAUAGGGGAGGGACAGAGUGGGGGAGGGAGCUGGGGAGGGAUAGCCUGGGGAGAAAUGCCAAAUGUGGGUGAAGGGGAGGAAGGCAGCAAAACACACUGCCAUGUGUGUACCUAUGUAACUACCUUGUAUGUCUGCACAUGUACCCCAAAACCUAAAAUGCAAAAAAAAAGAAAUAAUGAAAUAAAAAAUAAAAUUGAGUAGCAAAUGAAAAAAUGAAACUUGAAGUUGAUCAUUAAUAUCAGUUAUUAAAAUGUUUUAUUUAUUUUCUAUGAAUUUAUAAAUACUUCAAAACCAACUUCAAAUACCAUGACCAAAUUUACGAUUCACAUUCAUUAUGAAUUACUGCGUAUACAGACUUAUUUUCAUAAUGCAAAUUAAUAUAAAAUGACAUCUUUACUGCACUAUAGAAACAUUUCUGUAUGUUAAACUUUCUGAUUGAGGCUAAUUGGAAAAAGUUGGGGCUUAACCUAGGAGCUAAAGAAGGCUGCUUGUACUGUGGAGAUCCCAGGGCUCUCAAACAGCUCGAGCCGCCUACUGAACUCCACAGGCAACUCCCCAGGGUCAAAUUAGACUCUUCUUGGUUUGCAAAGAAAAAUUUUUUCUAAAAUUUUAUAAUUCAAUUUCCAAAAGUUGACCCGAUUAUACACUGUUUCUGCAAAAUAUUUCUUGUAAUAACAAAGAACAAAAAUGGAAUGCUUAAUGAAUUCACAUUUUAAAAUAAACCUGUUUUUAUCUGCUGUGGGAAUCUUUGAUUCCAGAAA